AUGCAGCAGUCUCAAGAGAAUAGUAUGAUCAACAGUAUCAAAAGCAGGGGAAUAGUCAAGAGCAAGAAGAAGACACAGAUAAGAAGUGUGAACCUCACCUCAUCACCUCAGUACGAAACCAGCAUGGCUAAUUCAAGGAUUAAAUCUGCCUGCACAAAUACUUCGGAUUUUAGAUGCACUAACCAGAUCCAGUUCGUGUACAAAAAUGUUCUAAACAGCGACCAGCUAAUCGUCUGUGGUACGGGCUCCAUGAGGCCACUGCUAUUUAUAGUACAGAGAGGUACGCUGGACGUCACGAGGGUGUUUGACACCGGAGAUUACGAAUACGCUGGGGGGUUUGGAGUCUGCUCGCCCGUGCCCUACGUCAGGACAACGUCUCUCAUUGUUGAGUACACUCGGGAUAAAUUCAGUUUCAUAUCCGGCACGCCAACAAGGGCUGUCGAGAGCAGGGGGGUGGUCCAGGUGUACUACCUCAGCAGUGGCUACGGGUUUGAGAGGGUCUCCAUGACGCCGCUUGUGGCUCAGCCCGAAUACAUAACCUACAUAUCGUCAUUCGCCAUCAGCAAGUACGUCUACAUAUUCUCGCGCGAGAUUGCCUCGGAAAUGACGUCAUCGUCAAAUCCAAUGCCGGGCCACUACGCUCGAGUCAUAAGGGUCUGCCAGAACGAGAGAGGGAUAGAGAAGAGAUUUUUGACUCUAGUAAAGAUGAGGUUGACGUGCUUCACAGAUGCCAACGAUCUGUCAUUCAAUUAUCUAAGAGACGUACAUUAUGAAGCUAGGACGGAUGAGUUUCACGCCUUGUUUAGUUACGACCUAUUGACCGGCUCGAAAAUAUGUAGAUACAAAAGAUCGGACAUAGACAGUGCAUUUUUAAAUAACAGAGCCAUCUCUCCAAUUAAAGAUUCCAAUUUCUAUGCUGAUGUCGAAAUUCCAAGGCCUUUAAAAGAAGGACAACAACAGUGCACAUUAAGUGCAUCAGACCUAACCCCAGACAACAUACAAACCCUGGUCAACAAUCAACUGAUCGGUGGGGCCCCUGCCAUUUCUGCCAGCUAUCUGGUCUUAGGCAAUGGAGGGAGGAUGGUCCCUAACAAUUUGUUUGGGGUGAGGGCAGCCCUGAGUAGGACUGCUUUUACUAGAUUUGUUGUGGAGGUACUAAGUGGUACUGAUGGUUUGGAGGGGUGGAUUUACUGGUGUUAUGACGCCUCAAAUAGGAACUACAUAACCCGUGUGUACGUAAGCCCGUCCAACCAGCCAACAGCCAUCAAUGCAGUUUGUCUCUCAGACGAUCCGACCAUCAUAUCCAAUGUCUGGGAUCUCAAAAUUCAAAAUAUAUCCGGGAGUCAAUAUAUUUACAUAACGACUGACACGCACGUGCUGCAACUGAACGCAGUUAUGUGUGGCAACCACAACAGCCACACCACAUGCACCUCCGACCCCCACUGCUUUUGGGGGUCCUCUCAGUGUCGGGUCAAAAGCGGCAAUAUUCAGAGCAGCGAUCCUGUCAAAUGCAGUGACGGGGUUAAACUACGAACCCUGAUAAACGGUUUAAACGGCAUGUUCUCGUGUUCGUCUGCGUGUUCACCCACAUUUGGUUCGUUCCCAGUUUGGUUUUUAAACGACAAACCUAUAUUCAACAACAACAAUGACGAUGCUGCUGAUGUUGUUGCUUACUUCUACAGCAGCAGCAGCAACAACAACAGCAACAACAACAACAAUAAUAAUAAUAAUUAUGGCGAUAAUUAUUACAUUAAUGAGAUUAAUUACAAUCAAGAUCCAUUGAGUUUUAACAACAACAGCAGCAGCAACAACAACAACAAUGCUGAAUCAGAAAACAUGAUGAUCCUGAACAAGAAAGAUUUCACAUUAAGGAUACUCAACGCUACUUUUAGCAUGUCAGGUAAAUACGAAUGUAGAGAUGCAUAUAGCAGUACAAUACUAGCUCAGUACCAGGUGUCUAUUACAGAAUACUGCAAGUUGGGUAGCGACUUUGAGCGUACGUGGAUCGGCGAGUUUAAAAACUGGUGCGAUUUGUACGACAGUCAGAGGAGGGUUCUCAGUUGCUGUCAGGAUGUUGGUGUUGCUGUUGUUGAUAAUAAGGCAUCUAUGAAAUCAACAAAUUGGAACAACCUAUCAAGGCAUUCUGUUCACGACGAUGAAGAUGAUGACGAUGAAGAUGCUGAUUAUGAUGUCGUACAGUAUAAUGCAGUUAACUGA